ACAUUCAAACUCCAAAGCUAUCUUUAAACCUAGGACAAGCAAGUAGCAUUUCAAAUGCAUCUUCAAACUCAGGUCAUAGAUGUGGUGAAGUUAUCACCUUAGGAUUGAAACGCCAGCGACUAGAUGAACCUGAUCCAGGAAUAAUAUCCCAACCAGGUCAAAAGACUCCUCUGGAUAUGGUGAAUGAGCUCUCAGAAAAUAUUGACAGGUUGUCACUAAAGGAUAUUCCAGAAUUUUCGACAAAACUGAAAAGUGUAAACAUGUAUCUCAAAAAUAUUCAAUUACACUUAGAAGAAAUAUCAAAAGGAUCUAUAGUAUUUCAUCUUUCUGUUUAUGAUCCAUAUGCAUUGAUAAAUCUGUGGGAAAUACAUUCAAGUAGGGAACUCAUCAAAGAUUUUUCAGGAUUAAUAGUCCCAGAAAAUCUCCAGGAUGAUUUUAUUAUAGCAUGGAAGACAGUAAUUGAGAGGGAAGAAUAUGAAUGUGCCCUUAGGAGGCUGAAGAAAAGAGUUCAAUAUGACACUUUUUAUGGCAUCAUAAGUGAUGACAUGGAAUGGGAAAGUCAGAUGGCAGUAGACCUAACACAUAGAAGACCAGAUUUAAAGUUUAAUAUCCUCAAACAUUGGAGGUUGUGCAAACCUGAAACUAUUAAUGAUUUAAUAGCAAAAAGCAGAAAAAUAAUCAUCGCAUUUUCACCAAAACCAUUGACUGAAUAUUCUAAGUAUGCUGCACACAGUGUUGUUGUAAAAAUGCUGGAAGCAAAAGCACUUGAUGAUGCUAAGAUAAUACCAGUCAAAAUUUCAGAAGGUUUUGUUGUACCUCCUGAGUUUGCAUCAUUUACUGUCAUCAAUGCCAGUGAAGAACACUUUGUUGAUAAACUUUUGCAAGUCUUUGACGAGUGUGAAGAGACAGAAAGUGUCGCACCCGAUGUGCCAUCCUUUAUAGCCAUUGAAGGAACAUCUGAACCACUUUCAAGUCAUGACCACAAGGUAGAACUGGUGGAAACAAGUGAAACAUCUGAAGGAAUACUUGAGGACUCAGAAGAUAGUGAUAAAGAACAUGAAACACAACUUGUAAAACCAAAAAUGGACAUUAGUAUAUUUUCAUGCUCAGGAUAUUCAAGUGAAGCAUCUGAAGGAAUACUUGAGGAAUCAGGAGAUAGUAAUAAAGAACAUGAAACACAACUUGUAAAACCAAAAAUGGACAUUAGUAUAUUUUCAAGCUCAGGAUAUUCAAGUGAAGUUCAGUAUGGUUCAUGCAUCAUAAGUGAUGACAUGGAAUGGGAGAGUCAGAUGGCGGUGGACUUAACUCAAAGAAGACCAGAGUUAAGGUUUGCUAUCCUCAAACAUUGGAAGUUGAGCAAACCUGAAACUAUUAAUGAUUUAAUAGCAAGAAGCAGGAAAGUAAUCAUUGCAUUUUCACCAAAACCUUUGACUGAAUAUUCUAAAUGUGCAGCACACAGUGUUGUAAAAAUGCUGGAAGCAAACAUUCUUGAUGAUGCUCAGAUAAUACCAAUCAAAAUUUCAGAAGAUUCUGUUGUACCUCCUGAGUUUGCAUCAUUUACUGUCAUCAAUGCCAGUGAAGAGAACUUUGUUGAUAAAAUUUUGCAAGGCUUAAUUGAGAGUGUGGGGACAGAAAGUGAAACACAUGAUGUACCAUCCUCUGCCACCUUUGAAGAUACAUCUGAACAGUUAUCAAGCGAUGAACAGAAGACACUGCUAGUGGGAUCAAGUGAAAAGACUCAAAAAAGUGAGACAUCUGAUUUACCAUCACCUGCCACCAUUGAAGUAAAACCUGAAAAAUUACCAACUGAUGAGCACAAGACACAGCUAGUGGGAUCAAGUGAAACAAUAAUGGAGACUCAGGAAAGUGACAUGCCUGAUGUGCCAUCCAUUAUGACCUUUAAAGGGUCAUCUGGAAAAUUGUCAAGUGAUGAAAUCAAGAUACAGCUAGAGGGAACAAGUGAAACUAUAACAGAGAUUCAAAAAAGUGACAUGCCUGAUGUGGCAUCCACUUUGAGCCAAGAAGGAACACCUGGAGAACUGUCAAGUGAUGAAUACAAGGCUGAGCUAGUGAGACUAAGUGAAAGUCAAUAUGACGUAAUAACUUCUGAAGACCCUGAUGUUGGAUUAUUUGGAAAAUCUAAAGUAAUUCCUAAGUAUCCUCCUGAACAACUUGAUGUUGGAUUAUCUGAAAUGAAAAAAUUAUCAAUAGACUCAUCAUCUAAAAUGCCGAAAGGAUAUUUUACAAGUCUUAAAUAUCCUAUUUUCGAGGAACCUGAAUUGGUUUAUAGUGACCUAAGAGGCUAUGUAGCAAAGAUGUUACACAGAAAAACGUUUUAUGGGAAGGAUGAAGGCUUGUUCAAAGAAAAAGAACGUAAAAAAGAAUAUUUCACUCAAUCACAAUCCAUUGGACCAAGUUUCAUUAAAUCAAGUCAAGAUAUGGAUGACAGUGAACCAUCAGUCGCACACGAGCUGCCGAGUAAAGGUACAAUUAAAUAUGAAAGUCACAUAGAAGACAUAUGUAAAUCACUAAGGAUGUUUAGUCAGGUCAUAUUCCCCCGUAAGAAGGUCAUAUGCCCCUGUAAGAAGGUAAUCUCAGAAUCAGAUGAUCAGAUCAUUCGACUGAUGAGUGGAAAAGUAAAUCGGAUGAUAAAGGAUUCAAAAACUGAAUUGAAACAAUCAUCUGAAGACAUUGGCAAAAUGUUUGCUCAUGUUUUAAUUGCUGUACAAGAUGAACAAAAUGUUUUAGAGGAAAUCCAUGAAUUAUGUACUAAUGAUAUUGUCAGUAGUUUAUCAACUGAAUGUAAGAAAUUAAAUUUCAAAUACGAUAUUACAAGGUACUACAAACGUAGUUUAAAAUCAAUUAAUAUAUCAUUUUUAAUUCAUCUGCUGUGUAGUGCACCAGCACUUGAGUUACUUCGUUUGAUAUGUUGUGAUAUAAAAGGUGUUAAUGUGAAUGAUAUUGCUGAUACAUUGUAUCAAGAAGGAGUUGUGUUGCAAUUAACAGAUCUUAAUAUCAGUGAAAAUAACCUCAAUGAAAUCAAAGGUUCCUCACUUGCCACUUUGCUUGCUGUAGCUCCUAAGCUGAAUGGUCUUAACAUGAUUAAUUGCCGUAUCCCAGGUGCUGUAAUGGAUGAUAUGGUUAAAGAGUGUUUUAGUAGGGGAGUUGUGUUGGAAUUAACAGAUCUUAAUAUCAGUGGAAAUAACCUCAUUGACAUCAAAGGUUCCUCACUUGCCACUUUGCUUGCUGUAGCUCCUAAUCUGAAUUAUCUUCGCAUGAGUAAUUGCAGUAUCCCAGGUGCUGUAAUGGAUGAUAUGGUUAAAGAGUGUUCUAGUAGGCGAGUUGUGUUGCAAUUAACAUGGCUUGAUAUCAGUGGAAAUAACCUCAAUGAAAUCAAAGGUUCCUCACUUGCCACUUUGCUUGCUGUAGCUCCUAAUCUGAAUUAUCUUGGCAUGAGUAAUUGCAGUAUCCCAGGUGCUGUAAUGGAUGAUAUGGUUAAAGAGUGUUCUAGUAGGCGAGUUAUACUUCAUAUAUAGUAGAAAAAUUAAUUGCAAUCAGGUAGCAAGUUUUGUAGAGGUGUUUAAUGCGUGUUUAAUUAAUUUGUAUUUUUAAUAUUUCUUAAAUACAUAAUACACAUGAUGCUAUUACAAGGAAGUUAUGGUUUUUAUAUUGAUACAAUUUUAUUUAUUGUUUUCUGAUUUGCAUUAUCAAGAAUGAUUACCAUUGGAUAAUAUCGGACAUGGCCUAGAACUAAAUUAAUCGGCAGCUGUAACUGAACAUAGAGUUAAGAUAUAAGGCAGUUUGAUAAUUUCUUGAGAGUUAAAAUACAGUAAUACAAUAAUUGUAUUCAUCAUCAUGUUUAGUUGUAAAUCAAACCAUUUAGUGGAAACCGUAAAAGUAGUAAUAUAAAAUAUGAUUUACAUAGCACAUAUAUCCACUUAAGAAGUGCUCAUGAUGCUAGAUAUGGAAACAUGGAAAAAAA